AUGAUUGACGAAGAAAAAUAUCUGCUCCGCUCAUUUGUUCUUUAUCACCUUAUUCUCCUAACAAUCUACAUUUUAAGUGUUUUCACAAUUUUUCCAAUUUUCAUCCAUCUAACAAGAAUUAACAGACAAAAAGAUCGAGAAUCUUCAGUAUUUUUGAUCACAAAUCAUAUCUACAAAAUCACAAUUUAUUCACAAUUUUUGAUUGUUUUAUGCGCGAUUUCAUUUUUAGUUUUAUUCUUUCUAGCAAUGUGUCUUAACGAGUCGGAAUAUGCAAUUAUAACAUCAAUAAUUCGCACAAUUACAUUCUACUUUGUACUCAUAACCUAUAAUUUCAUGCAAUUCAUCAUUCCAAUUCAAAAUCUUCUAAUAUUCCUCUUAGCUCUUCAAAGAUGUCUCAUUUAUUUCUUCGCGGAUUAUGAAAAAUAUCUAGUCCCCAGUGAAAAAAGAUUUGAUUGCAUCAUAAAAUGGUUAUAUUCAAUAUCGAUUUUGGGGAAUUUAAUCUAUUUUAUUUAUUGGGUUAAAUGUAUGCAUCAACUUUUCUAUUCGGAUGAAACUUGCGAUCAACAACAAGUUUCAAUCACAAGUUCAAUAAUUUAUAUAAUCCUGGAUUUUCUAGUCAUGUUCUCAUCGAUUUUCUAUAUUUUUAUCCUUGUUAGUGUUCGAAAUAUCACAAGAAAUGCCUCGAAUUUCAUGAAAACCCGCCCAGAAAAAGUGAUAAUUUAUCAGACUUUGGUUUUACUUUUUGUAAAAUUGUUGAGUAUUCCAACAAUUUUCUUUUUUCUUCAUUUUUUGAUGAAUCAAGAUUUACAAUUGAAUGGAUUUUUAAACGUGGUUAGUAAAGCUGAAAGUGCGCUCUAA